CUAGUAGGUACCCUCCUCCUCUCCACCAACGCACUGCACUGUACACUAUACGGCUAUCCCGAUUGCGCCCAGGCACCCAGCUGGAUGCAUCAUCACCAAUUAGGCUUGCGUUGUUGCGUGUCCCUUUGCAGCCCGCCGACGUCCGCAUCUUCCGCACGCAAUUCACUUCCGACAGUGUCCCUCGCCGCAUUUCUGAUUUUUAUUUCCCCCGACUCCUGCCCUCUCCUCCGCAAUCGAUUCGCCAUUUCACCCAACGUUGGCCCUUCAACCGCCCCGUCCUCUCUCUUUCUCUAACCACGAGCUGCUAUAACCCAUCAGCACGAUACCAUAGUUAAGAGUCUCUCUACAUCUUCUCUGGACCUGUGGUCCAAGUCUGGAAGCCCUCCGACACCCCCGACACCACAUCCCGUUUGCGAGUCCUGCAGCCAUGGACGAAGGCACCGGCCCACGACGCGAGGGCAAGCUGGCCUCUCUGUCCGCCACCACGGCAAGCAGCAUCAUUAGCGACUUUGCCCUGUACGAACCCGUUUCCAGAGCCUCGUCUCCAGCUAUCCCAGCCUCGAAGAACCACGAAGAUGAUCAGCGCCGAUACCGCCCGCGCACAUUUGCCUACUUUCAGCAGCUGCCCUUUGCUGUCGAGAAGCAGGCGGAGCGGGAUGCUGCUUUACAGGAAAUCCUCAAGCAGCUCUACAUUGCUAUUCGUGCCGAGGACAUGUCUCCUGGCGCGAUGCACUGGACGCGCGAGCUCGAAAUUUGGAUUAAUCUCAAGUUUGAGAUGCCCCGCGAGCUCCGGGCUAAGCUCACCAAGCUCUACUAUUCCCUGGCCCUGAGCCCGGGAGUCGAUCCCACCGUCGCAGACAGAUUCUUGAGAAUGGUGGUCACCCUUACUAGAAAGGAACACUACCUGAAAUCGGGCGAUGACCUCAUCCUAGAUUGGCGACUUCUAUGGAACGAGGUAAAGUCGGCAGUACUUCCGACAGCACAGCGCGGAAGCCGCAAGCGUAUUGCAAAGCAAUUCCUCAAGCUUGCGAAUCAUGCAAACGCAUACUUCGACCCCUCCGAGAGACCGAAUAUGCUCCAAGAGUUUCUGCCAUACUUUAGUGUCAAUGAACUGCCCAACGCAUUCAUUGUCACGGGCGCCAUCAGUGCACUGCUUCCCAGCCAGCCUGCACCUGCUACUGAUGUCCAAUCACAGCCAGGCGCUUUCUUCCCGACAUUGUUCCAUCUAUGGGCCAUUGUCAACAGGUCCAAGGUCACCGAUGUCUUCUUCGUGGACCUUUUCUCACGAUUUGCAAGAGAUCACCUGACCUGCAGCCAUUUACCUUUCAAUGAAUACGGCAUUUUUACAAAGUCACAGGCUGACAUAAUCUUCACUACUAUCCUUCGACUCACACAGAUUCCCGUGGGCCAAUCCGGCUCGCAGAGCACACCACUCGAUCUCCUGUCUGGAGCAGGCAUCCUCUUGGCCAAGGAUGAAAAGAAGCACCCCAUUGCGUACAUGGUUGCUCGAUUGGUUGUCAACUCGCUGUCUCCUGCUUGCCUCGGAGACGGUGAAUCGAUGCUGACGAGCUUGGAAGGCCUCAUGGAUUCUAUUGAGACCUUUUUCCACCCAUCUAACCAAGGUGCCUGGACUACUAUGCUUGGCCAGUUGACACUCUUCCUCACAGACGCCUUUGUCUCCCGAUGGAACAGAGAGCAAGCUGGCGAACUCGAUGUUCCUGAGAAUCGCAAGAUUACCCCGGAGCUGAAGAAGCGUUUUGUUUUGGCCUUGAGAGAGGUCACAUAUAUGGGUAUCUUCUCCAAGAGUAGCCGCGUGUCUCGUUUCUAUUAUAUUGCCUUGCAGGGCUUGUCAUUCCUUGAGCCCGAUUUGAUGCUGCCUGGUGCUCUGCAACGAUUCUACCCUAGUCUUCAAGGUCUCGUUGAAGUCCACAGAACAACUUCUAGUCUGAUUGGUCUACAGAUGAUCUGCAAUCUCAUGUCAAAGCUCAAGGGAUAUCGUUGCCAUCUUACCGCAUUAAUGGCACUCGCUCUCCCUGGUAUCGAUGCCAACGAUCUUGAAAAGACACAAUACACUCUCUACUUUAUUCAAAGUAUGGCCUACAGUAUUCCAAUCGCUCCUCUUUCCAAGGAUGGCGAGAUCCACGAUACAAAUCUGGCAAUGCAGUGGGUUCAGGGCGAGAUGGAGCGAAUGGAGCGUGAUGGCCAGAACGUCAUCAUGAACUACAGCACCGAGCUUAGCGACGAAGACGAAGCCAAUAUCCUCCGAUCCUCUACCGCAGGAUUCGGCGAGUUUGUGCUUACACUCCUCGGCAAGGUCUUUACCUUGCUCGAGAACUUACCAGACGCCAACCAGGGCAGCCGUGGCACGCCCGAAGAUGAUGUUAUUAGCGCCCUUUCAGCUGCCAUGUCCCCCCUGUUUGCGUCCAUGUCGGAUGAUAUCUACGAUAUGGCCAUGGAAAAAAUCGCCAAUUUUGUAUCAUCGCAUGUGGUGCAUCAGGCCCGCGACCCAAUGGCUCGAAUUUUGAACGCAGUCUGCAAAGUGAACCCCGCCAAAGCUUUGAAGGUCUUUGUACCCAUGCUGGUUGUCAACAUCCGCAAUGAGAUUGACGACAACAACGCGGCAUCAGAUCGCACAACUGGCACCGACUAUCUCCCCAGAGAUCGUGCUCUAGUAUGGAACAUUAGCAUGCUUGCCAUGACAGUAGUCCAUGUUGGCCGAGAGGUUCUCAACUACAAGACAGAGCUCCUCGGUAUUGCUGAGUACAUGCAAGAAAAGAUCCGUGGUUUACCAACCCUACUUGUCUCGAACUUUAUCCAUCAUCUGCUCCUCAACCUCACACACACAUACCCCAUCGAUCACUCUCUGUUUGAGCCGGAUGUGGUCAAAAAGGGGCUUGAUGUACAUAACUGGGGUCAGACCACUUCUCCCACCGAGCUUACCAUAAAGUGGCACCAUCCUUCGCCGCCUGAGAUUGAAUUUGCUGUGGAACUGUUUGCCUCCCAGACCAAAUCCGCUUCGAGUCAGUUAGAGCUGCUGCUUAGCGACGAUCCGCCUGUUAGCAGAAAAGGAAAACAUAAGGAAUGGUCAGAUGAGGUGUCAAGAUUGAUGGAACAGAUUUGGCUUGUUAUUUCUGGCAUGUCAACACUGUUCGAUCCGACUCAGAGCAGCAGCGCGGAUAAUCUUACAACAGAUGAAGACGAAAUGAUGAUUGAUGAUGAGGCUGACAGUGACCCGCUCGCUGAAGUUGCCGAAGACGAGAGUCUUCGACCACAAUUCAAAUACCCAGCUGGCUACGCAUUACAAAAGGGCGAUGCCUCAUACAAGCGCAUCCAUGAUCUCCGCCAGCAGCUGGGUCACCUGCUUACCAAAGCUCAUGCUUUCUUAACUACAAACCAGGAAGAUGAUGUCAAAUCCUUUACAUCUCUGUACUCGGCCUACCGAGCCUGGAUUACUGACGUCGGCUUUGAGCGAUCGGCGCAUGCUCAUGAAAGACACGUCAACCUGUAUAAAUCCUAUAUUGCUGCAUUCAAGAUCAAAGGCCUCCGCAAGGUUUAUCCGAGACCAUUGCUCAUCAGACGUGCAGAGGCUUAUUUGCUGUUGAGAAUGAAGCGAAACGGAACCUCGCGACGCAAAAGCGACCUUGAUAAGCAACUGUUACUCGACCUCGCCCAAUCCUGUUUGUCCUCUUAUGCCGAUAUUCGUCGUGCCGCGCAGAGCGCUCAAGAUUCAUCUCUGCGCUCCUUAAUUGGAGGCAAGCCUGUAGUUAUUCCGGUCAUUUUGAGCGGACUCCGCGACGCUCUUGAUAAGAAUGAUCAUGACCGCAUUAAGGGUGGCAUGUAUUCUAUGCUGUUUACGUCUCUUCUCAAAACAAUCAUCAAGGAUUGGCGCUUUGCACCAGAAGCGAUGCGUCUAUAUAUUGAAACGGCUAGUAUUGAUAAACCCUCCAUCGAACGCCUUGGAUCCUCUGCAGUUCUCUCACUGUAUGAGUUUGGAAAGCCGUUUGAGAGAGCCAUCGUUAUUAAUCAGCAGACGCUUGGUCAGAUCAAGCCUGCAGACGAUGUCGAGACGGAAAUCAAAUCGAGGCACAAGUUUAUCCUGAAACGUCGAAGCAAGGUGGAGGCUGCCAAGACGGAUCUCGGAUUGGAACUGACCAAGCGAGCCAAGGGAGCUCACUGGAAGGUAGCAUCGAGAUGCGCUCUUUUUGCAUCCAACCUUUGCCUCCGCUUUCACACCAUCGCACCCCCAGAGUUUGUUGACCUCAUUGCCACUGGCGCCAAUGACGCUCACCCUGGACUGCGCACAUCGUAUGUCAACGCACUUACCGGGCUGUUUACAGCUAUUGACACGAGAGCUGUGUAUGGCCAUGAUUACAUGAACUAUAUUCUAGAAAAGGAUGUGGCUGAGGAGAACCGGUUGGAGAUUCCUGUUACGAAGGGUGAUGAAGCCUUCACACAGCACUUCCUCGCCACCUUCACUGAAGACAAAGACCCCGAGUACCUAGUCGAUGCCGAUUAUCCUGGCUGGCUCGUGUGGGGUAAGAAGUUUACGGCGUUCCGUGCUAAGCCUCUGGCCUUUGACAGCUAUGACGAUCUUGAGCGUGGUGUGCGAGCGCAGCUUGGCAAGAUUCUCACAAGAGAGUGGCUUGCCAAGUGUUUUGAAUAUCUCAAGCAGGAACCACGUGAUAGCUACGCUGAUCGCGUUUCCAUGACCAACGUAUAUCUGCUGAUGCAUGUCUUCACUCUCAUGUAUUACAACGAGACUGCUGUAACAUUUGACGAUGUCAAGGAGCUCGCUGUGGAGACGUUUGGUGACGGCAGCGACAAACAUCAGCACCGUGCCACAUCAGAAAUCUUGGGAGCUCUGCUGUCUUCUGCUAGUGACGAGCCAGCCGAGAUUCGCAAGAUGGUCUGGGACUUUGCAGCACCCAAGGUACUCAAGAUUUACUCAGAUGAAUUGACUCCCGAGAAUCUGCAGUAUUGGUUGACAUGCCUGCACCAUAUUCUGGACACGCGGGACCCCCGCCGCUCGCGAGAGAUUGUUGCCAGUCUGGAAGCAUUCCGCCUCGAUAUGGGCUCUAAUGCAGCCUUUAAAGAAUCGUCCAAGAUCCAGCUGCUCGAAGUUGCAAUCGGCGAAGGAGGUUGGCAUUUCCAGAGGGAGAAGCCCAUCUUGGAGAACUUCCUAGGUCACAUGGACCACCCGUACAAGGCAGUGCGCGAGGCCAUGGGUCGUGUAAUUGCUGUCAUCAACCGCACUAGAAAUCACGAGUCCUUUGAAAAUGUGACGAAGCUGCUAGAGGCAAACGCUGCGGCAUCUUCCGUGGGUAUCCGACCAUUCCCCCCAUCUGAGGAGCUCACAGCCACGCUCAAGGAAGUGUUUGGCAGACUAGAAAAGUGGCGGCAGGAGCGAGAGCCUGGCCAACAGGAGCAGUCAUCGUACACGUCAGGAUCGAAGACUGUUCUGGCAUGGCUUGACUGCGCCCUGGCCUCGUACGAGUGUGUCCAGCUGGCUCCCUUCUUUACUAUGUUUAUGAACGAGCUGCUGCAUAUGAUGGACGUCAAGGAAGACCCUGAGUUGAUGCGAUUGGCCUAUCAUGUCUAUCGAUACUUCCCCAACGUACCACUCCGCGAAGGAGAGGACACUGAUUUCAUCCAGGGCUUAGUCAAGCUUGGUAGAACAGCGUCUAGCUGGCAUCAGCGUCUCCGCGCACUAGUGAACAUGCAGGUUGUUUACUUCCGUCGUUUGUUUGAGACGAGAGAGCCUGAGCGCGACCUGCUCUUCAUGACGGUAUCCGAUAUGCUUGUUGACUCACAGCUUGAAGUGCGUGGCUGCGCCGCAACAACGCUCGCCGGCAUGAUUCGAUGCUCACCACAGCGUAUCCGCGAACCCAUGAUUGCAAAGUUGCGUAAGAGAUUUGAGGCAGAAUUGGAUAGAAACCCUAUGCCUAAGAGAAAGCCUAACCUGCCUGGCACUGAGACGCCGGUAGAUGUUCACAAGCAGAUUCAGCGACGCCACGCUGCAGUGCUGGGACUGGGAGCCUUGAUCGAGGCAUUCCCCUAUGCAACACCACCUCCCAAGUGGAUGCCGGAGGUGCUCGCGUUGCUGGCACGUCGCGCUGCAGGAGACAGUGGCGUUGUUGGCAAGGCUACCAAGGGUAUCUUGAGUGACUUCAAGAAGACACGACAAGACAGCUGGAGCGUUGACCAGAAGUAUUUUACGACGGAGCAGUUGGAGGACCUGGAAGGUGUUUUAUGGAAGAGCUACUUUGCAUAGAUUAUGAGCCGUGUACGAAAGGCGGGAUCCGAGGAGCUUUGGACGGGAGGCUUAGGCUACUUGUAAAUGGAUAUAUGUGCGGGCUUUGGCUAGUUACGGGCAAACCCCCUCCUUUCCUUCGAACGAGGCAUGAUAGACAAAUAGAACGUGUUAAAUUGU